AUGGAGACUACUGGGCGUUCCGGUUGCCCUGGUUAUACAAGCCACCCAGUGGUCCCUGCUAAGUGACCAGAGCUGCUGGAAGUAGUUAAGGCAAUGCACAGAGAGCAAUUUGAUGCUCAGGUGAACAGUCUUUUCCAGUGGGAGAAGAAUGCAGCUCUGAAGUCCAUCCAGACAGGUCUCUAUGUCAGCUGGCGCUGUCCCCAUUACCUAUGGGUCCGUUUCCGAAUUGCGGAUGAGUCCAAGCGCUUUUGUGGACCCUUGUUGAAAGAACACCAUAUCAUCUCUGACAUAUCUGUGCUCUGUGGUGUGAGCCAGUGCCGGUGCCUCAUGUUUUGCUUCAUCCCAUCACGCCCAGAAGAGGUGGGUGAGUUCUGGCUCAAGAGACAGGCCACCUUUGACCCCAAGACCUGGAGAGCCCAAUGUCACUGUAAACAUAGCCAUGAAGAACAUGCUGCCACCUGGGCUCAUCCCUGCAGGCACCGUGGCUGUAGCUGCAACUGUUUUGAGUCAAAUUUCCUCUGUGUAUCCUCUGACCGGCAGUGGGAGGAACAUGAGACUUUCUUUGAAACUGAGGAGACCCGGCGAUGAGGAGGGAGGUCUUACAAUGAGGGAACAACCUGAGACGGGGCCAUGUCAGCAUCUGUAGU